AGAGGCGGCGGGGAAACAGCCCCAAGGCUCCCCCACCGCGUCAGCGCGGGACCUUGGGACAAGAGCGCGCCGAAUGCCGCGCCAAACUCUCCGAGCCAGGGCUUCGAUCUGAUUGGCGGGAAGGCCAGGGGGACGCCCCCUCGGAGGGAGCCUGAUUGGCCGGAUUGUAAAAAUAUGUUGCAGGGCGCCAGAAUAGAAGCUUUAGCGCCUAGUGGAAUCUCGGGGCUGCGGGGAAGCGGCCAGUGCAGGCACGUCGCAGGCGCGAGCGAGGGAAGAAGGGCGCGGGAGGUCAACGUCGCAUUGGGGCGGGGUGGGGGCUCUUUUUCUUCCCCAUCGGAGGCACCCCCAUGAUCCUCAAGCCCGGCUGCGGCUUUAGCGGGCCUGGAGGCGCUGACGCGAAGGGGUCCCUUUGAGAGGACAGGAAGGAAACUCGAGAAAAAUAUGGAGAUUAACUGCUUAACGCUAAAAGACCUGAUCAGCUCGAGACAUGGAAAAAGGGAUUUUAUAGAUGAAGAUGGGGAAAGCGCGCAAAAGGAAAACAUAUUUGAUCGACCCAGAAUGACCCCAAAGACUCCCAUGAAAAAUGAACCCAUUGAUUUGUCAAAGCAAAAAACCUGUACCCCCGAGAGAAGUCCAAUUACACCUGUUAAGCUGACUGAUAGGCCCCUGGCAGAUCCAUGGACCCCAACAGCUAACCUAAAGAUGCUUAUUAGUGCUGCUAGCCCUGACAUGCGGGACAGAGAAAAGAAGAAGGAGCUCUUCAGGCCAAUUGAGAACAAUGAAUUUAAUGACGCUUUUCCCGAUUCCUUGCAGUGUGGUACCGUAGAUGAUGCAACAGUGGAUGAAUAUGAAAAGCAGAGACCCAGCAGAAAGCAGAAAAGCUUAGGGCUGCUCUGCCAAAAGUUCUUAGCCCGCUACCCCAGUUAUCCUUUAUCAGCAGAAAAAACAACAAUUUCUUUGGACGAAGUGGCUUCUAGUCUUGGAGUUGAGCGUAGACGAAUUUACGACAUAGUGAAUGUCUUGGAGUCUCUUGAUCUCGUUAGCCGAGUGGCUAAGAAUCAGUACUGUUGGCACGGUCGUCACAGCUUGAGUCAAACGCUCAGAAACCUCCAGGAAAUAGGAGAGCUGCAGAAAUAUGAAGAACUUAUGGCUUCUUUCCAGCAUAAAGAGCUAGACCUUUACUGUAAAUUUGGAGAGCACAAAAAGGAGACCUUUCUAGAUUUCCAAGACCGGCAGUUGCUUGACUUCUCAGAGACAGAUUUUCCAUCUGCGUCUGCAAACAGCAGAAAGGACAAGUCGUUGAGGAUUAUGAGCCAAAAAUUUGUCAUGCUGUUCCUCGUCUCCAAGACCAAGAUAGUUACUCUCGACAUAGCAGCGAAAAUAUUGAUAGAAGAAAGCCAGGAUACAGCAGAUCACAGCAAGUUUAAAACAAAGGUACGGCGAUUGUACGAUAUUGCCAAUGUCCUGACAAGCCUUGAGCUCAUUGAGAAAGUGCAUGUAACAGAGGAAAGAGGUCGUAAGCCAGCCUUCAAAUGGAUUGGGCCGGUGGAGUUCACUGGAGACAAUGGUGGCAUAAAGAUGGAGAUUCCAACCUGUGCUGCUUUGACGAAAGCGAAAGGGGCGGCACCUGUCCCCAAUCAAGCCUGUGCCAGCAGGAAAGAGCGGCUCUCGCGACAUGCUUCUUUUGGCACGGCUCAGCCUUCCGAAGUGGCCAGGAGGAAGGCCAGCUCAGAACCCAGCAGCCCACGCAGGGGGAAACAAGAUGACUGCUGCUCCAAAAUGAUAAAUCUAGCAUCUGUUUGCUGCCAGAAGAUGGAAGAUGACGCAAGCAAAGGUCUCGAAGCGGCAGGAAACCUGGGCAUCAUUUCCCCUUUCUCUGUUCUCCCUGGAGACUCAGACUAUUGUCUUAACACCUUCCCUCCCCUCUCCUCAAAUGCAAGCUCAGACACGCUACAGCCGUCUCUAUCAAAUGGGAUAAAUGACCAAGGUCUGCCAUUAUCGGCUUCCAAGUCAGAGGCUGGCAAAACCACUGUGCUCUCCAACCAACCCUUUGUUUACUUGCCAUCUCCCUCUCUGUAUAUGCUGUGUGGCAGUCUUCAUGAGAGUCUCUCAAGGGGAAGUCCUCCAGAAAAGGAAAAUUGGGACCUCAAGGGCCAGGCUUCACCCUGCCCAUCAGAAGGGGCCGAGUCUCUAGUUAAAUGUCAGAAGAGGAGUUCCCAGUGGCGUGUUCCUCCCACUGAAGAGGAACCGACAGCAAAAAGGCAGAGUCUGGAGCAGAGCGAUGGUCCCAUUUCACUGGUGGUAUCUAAGAAGAAUGCUAAGCCAACAGAUGCAGAAUCUUCCUCAGAUCGUAACUGCAGUCCCAAUGACCAGUGUGAAGCAGGGGUGCCUGCUGCUAUAGAAGCUGCUAAAUCUUUGGAAACAUGGGAGCAAGAAAAGCCAUUAAGGAAUAAGUGUUCGAAAGAAAAUGCAAAGGAAAAUGAACAGGUCUCUCAAGAAAAUGGCAAGCAGUCCUUCUUGCCACAGUAUCUCUAUGUGCAGCAUGCAGCUGGAUUGAAUGGCUUUAAUUUCCUGUUUCCUGCCAGCCAAGCUCCUGGUCCCGUCAACCUGCCUUCAAGCCGUUUGCCUUCGCUUAACGUUCCCUGUAUGAUGGUUCCAUCUACAGCCUUGGCACCGUUCCCUCUCAUCUACUCCCCGGCAGUCACAAGCCAACUUUCUUCCGCUCCUGCCGGCUCCUUCCCAAAUGUCACGUGCGUGAAUUUCAGUAUGCCUGGCCUGGCACCUACAACACCUGUUUUCAUUGGGACCCCAGCAGCAGUCGUCGCUCCAAAUUCAUCACAGCUACCAGCGCUGGAGCCGCACCAGCAGAUUCAGCCAGCUGUACACCUGAGCCCCGUCCUCGGCUCUGCCUGCAGCUCCGUUAAAGCAGACUCGCCGGUUUGCAUGGGGCACCCAGUCACCCUCCUGAAAUUCCAGCAGUCUUCUGCAGCCCCGCUGACUCCUAAGAACAUGCGUUCCACACCCCAAGAAGUGUUUUUCAAGACCCCUGGCAGCCUUGAAGACCCUGUGGCAUGGCGGAAAAGCGAAGGCAACCAGAGCAGAACAGCAAGCUCUGUUCAAAGAAGAUUAGAGAUCUCCAGCAACAGCUCUGACUAAGGGGCAGUUUAGGAUGCAGAGCCUUAAACUUUUUUUGCAGAAAUAAUCAGUCAUUACAUAAAAAGGAGAGAAGAGGUUUUAAAAACAGGCACGCUUGCCCACUGUGCAUUUGCCCGCUACCCUGUUGACGUUCUUCCUCGUGAAUCACCCCAGCUGAUACAAGGGAGCAUCAGGUUCUAUUUGGGGAGUUUAUGAAAUCGUAUUAGUGAUCAGUUAUGUGAGCAGGUUUACCAGGAUCUGUUCCGAAGUCCAAAACUGGGGGGAGCUGGCUAGCACUUAUAUAGGGGAAAUGCUCUUUUACAAACACACUAUCCUGCUUAAGUAUGCAGGCUAGGCCAGGGGGGACCUCUAAGUUUUUUUUAAAAAAGUGUAGGAGCCGGUGCUUCUUUGCUACAACACUGAAGUGUUGCAACUUCAGAAAAACAGACUUUUGUGGAGUACUUGAAUGUUAUUGAUGUACAGUUUCCCCUGCACUUGUUAAAAGCGGAGACAUCUGAUAACUUAGGGUAGGAGUGAAUGUAUUCAUGUGAAAUACUUUAAGACCAAAACAACUGUGAAGUUUAAAAUAUUUCAGUGGGGUUUGUAUUAGUGAACUUCGUAGUUUCUCUGUGUCCUUGUUUUCUGCACAAAAUGUACCAGCUAGUUAUCAAUUGACACAAAGGCCUUUCCCCAACACUGUAGGGGGAGUAAUAGGUUGCAUCAAGAAUAAGGAGUCUCUGAAGUGUGUAUGGUAGAAAUUCAUCCCUAGUUUAAAUAUACAGUGGUACCUUGGUUCUCAAACUUAAUCCAUUCCAGGAGUCCGUUCAACUCCUGAAACCGUUCGAAAACCAAUCAAUCAAUCAAAACCUUUAUUGGCAUCAUCCAGAAACAUUCAAAACAAAUUGGCCAGUACAAUCACAUUGCCAUACGUCCGAAAACCAAGCUGCGGCUUCCAAUUGGCUGCAGGAGCUUCCUGCAGUCAAGCGGAAGCUGCGUCGGACGUUCAGCUUCCAAAAAACGUUUGCAAACCGGAACACUUAGUUUCGGGUUUGGUGCGUUUGGGAUUGAUGAUGAAAAAAAUAGAAGAUCUGUUGCCCAGCAUGGAAACAGAAAAAAUUUGGCGUGAUCAGUGAAAGCGUUGCAUUAAUUUAUGGGCCAUUCUUCAUUUACUUAUACUAUAGAAAGGAAACAAGUCAGUUUAGAGUCUGCUGCUGGAAAUGGGUUAACUUUUUACAAAUUAACUGGGCAAUGCAUACUUUUGCAUUUAUUUCACCAGUUUCAUAGACUAACGUGACACUCAUUGCUGAUUUUAAAAGAAAAUUCAUCAUGAUAUUUUUCAUUUUUUAAUCAAGUAAAUACCGGUAGAUAGUGUGGCUGGCUCUUUUUUGACCUAGGGAUGACUUUGUAGCCAUGAUGUACGUUUCUUGAGGUCAGAAAAGUUUUCUGAACUUUCAUUUCACCAGGUUUAAGAAAGAACAAUGGUUUUGUGUGACAAUAUGUUUUGGUUCAUUUAGUUUUGAAUAAUGAAUGUGUUAUGAAAAUUAAGUAAUUAAUUUUAGAACUGCAAAAUAAUUUGGGAAUAUUGUAUAUUUAUGUUAGAAUAGACCAAUAACAGCCUUACAAGGAGUGUAGUGCAACUUAAUGUUUCUUAAAUCUCUUUAGUUCAAUCACAAUAGGAGAUUGAAGAACAUGAAGGAAGAGGACCUUAAAAAAACUUUUUACACUACAGAAUUUUCAUGUUUUUGUGACUUUUACCCAAUGCAUUGUUUUAUUCACCCACAUUCAAGUUUUCCCAAGUGAAGUGUAAUAUUACUGUUUAGUAACAACUGUUGCCAAGCAUAAUUGCGGCAGGUGCCUGAUUUACUGGUGUACUGUAUUCAAGUUUGUACCACUUUUGCUCAAAGGAUACUGUUUCCCUUAACAUAAAGAUAACUGAUGUGCCUGCUCUUAAUUAGUACAGUAAUCCCUCCUCCAGGCAUUACAUGUGGCAAUAAAGGGGUGGUUCUCAGCGAUUAAGGCCGAUGAAAAACUCUUGAUUCUAAAACAUUAAAAGACAGUAUGUCUUGUUUUUUCAUGAUCAAUAGAACUUAUACAUUCAGUAGCCAAUACAGUAGUACUUCGGAAGUUGAAUGCCUUGUGACUUGAACAUUUUGGCUCCCGAACACUGCAAACCUGGAAGUGAGUGUUCCAGUUUGCAAAUGUUCUUUGGAACCCAAGCGUCCGACAUAGGUUCUGCAACUUCCAGAUUCUGCAGCCAAUCGGAAGCCACGCCUUUGUUUCCUAAUGUUUUGGAAGUCGAACAGACUUCGAGAAUGGAUUACGUUCGACUUCCGAGGUAUGACUGUACUUGCUUUCUUGGGCAUAUUUUUGCUGUGUUGGUGACGGGAUAGGAAGUGGUGAAGUGAUUGAUUCCUUCUAUUGCCACAGCUUCUUUUGAGCAUCCUUGUUUGAACAUCCAGCAUCACAGAACUACUGGGGCAAAAAAGCUAUGUGUAAGGCACGAACAUCUGCAAACCUCUGCCACUUGAUCCCUAGGCUGGAAGUUUAAGACUGUAGGCUCACUAGGCUUGCCACUACCUCCAUCAGCUGCAUUUGCAAGCGAGGUGGGGAGAGGAGAGUGAGGCUAAAGAUACUCGGGUUGCAUGAACUGGAGAAUCAGCUAGAUUCAAAUUUUCUGUGCACCAGCAUGAAGUGAGAGCGGCUGCAUAUAGCUAGCAAGAGGGGAAUUGGAUUUGGUGGCAGCCAAAGUGGGUGUGUGAACAGGCCAAGGUUUGCUUCUGGGGCCGACCUUUUUACUAUUAAAAGACUGGUUGUAAACAGAAGCAAGUGUGAAACUGCAGCUUUUGGUGAUGAAAGCAGGAGCCUGCAGGUCUGGUGACCCGGAAUGCGGAGUUUUGUCUUAUGACUCCUGUAACUCCUGUUUCACAGAAUCUGUGGCAAAACUGCUUCAACAGAGGCAAGCAUUUCAUUUGCACAGAUGCAAAGUGCUUGUGCACUGACUUGUGCAGGGUUUCAGGGCUUGUGAAAAAACCUUAACUCUGGUACUAUGGCACUAACCCGUUUGCAGGGGGGAGAGUGUGUGUAUAACUUAUACUUGAAUAAUAUACCACGUUUACAUAUCUCAGUUCCUUUUGUAAAAGGUGCUAUUUCUGUAUUUAAAAAGCUGUAUUGUUUUUGAUAAUGUAAAGCUGCUUCAUGUUUGUAACAUUGCACUGCUAGUUUAUUAUCUUGGUAUUAACGUCUCAAUUUCUUGUAGGUCUUCACUGGUUAGAAAUUGCUCUCUGCCUGUCUUAGGUUCUUUGCUACACUCUGCAUUCAAAGCUAUUAAGAGCACACACUAUUUGAACGGGGGGGGGCAUAUUUUUAUACUUAAAUUAGAUAACUCCUAAUCUUUGUAAAAUAAUAAACGUAAAGCCAAAAGUAAAAGGGAUUGCAUCUUUUUGUUUCUUGCAAAACUGCCAGCCACUGUGUAUUUAAUAAUUCCUCAGCUCUGAA